CGCGCGUUGCGCGUUCGGAAAUCUCUCGGAUCAGUCAGUGGACGCCGUCGAGCCCCCGCGGAAGUGUGUGUGCUCGUCCGAGCGCUGGAGAUGUACGCUCUCGGCGUCUUGCUGCUGCUCUGUGCCGUGUCCCGCGACCUCGUGCUGGCCGAUGGGCACGGCGGCGACCUGGAGGCCGUGUUGUCGCGGUGCUGCUCGCUCGGCAGCGACUGGGCCAGGCAGAGGUCCUACACGUCCUGCUCCGACUUCCCCGCACCUGUGGCCAGUGUGUCCGGCGAGAACCUGGCCGUCUGCAUCGCCUCGGCGGACAUCUGCUGCCGAAGGGACAACCGCAACACCCAGUGUCGCAGGGGUACCAACGCGGCCCUGGAGGACAAGCGCUGCACCGUCAACACCACCGAGUUCGGGGAGGCGUACAAGGACUGCUGCGAGGCAUGCAAACUGGGCAUGAUUUCCGGGUCUCUGGGCGAAAACUGCCGGCUGAAGAGGUUCUCCUUCGGACUGCCUUGGGACGAGGCGUACCACGAGUGCUGUUCGGAGUCUGCGGGGCCGGCCCGGCCCAGCCCCACCAGCCAACCCAACGAACUCGUCCCGUCCGCAGCCGCCGGCGCCCUCAACCAGACCCUGUGCGACGUGCUGAGCAGGGAGCUGUGCGCGCACGUCUGCGUGCCCACGCCGGGGUCCUUCCGCUGCGAGUGCCAUCCAGGAUUCGCGCUCAUGCACGACGGCAAGUCCUGCGUCCUCAAGGGAGAGUCGGACGGGUGCGCCACCAACAACCCCUGCAUGCACAUUUGCCGCGACACGGGGCUGGCCGUGGAGUGCUCGUGCCGGCCGGGCUACGAGCUGCAGCCCGACCACAAGACGUGCCUAGACAUCGACGAGUGCAAGACGGGCGCCCACCUGUGCCAGCGCUCCACCUGCAGGAACGACCCCGGCGGCUACACGUGUGUGGGCAAGGACGGCGCCGUCGUCCUGCCCGCGUUCGACUCCUCCCCGCUGGACAACGCGCUGCCGCUGGGCUCGCUGAUCAGCGGCGCCUCCAAGAGCUGCCCCACGGGCUACGAGUACAACGCGCAGGCGGGCGUGUGCGACGACGUGGACGAGUGCCUGCUGGGGCUGGCGGAGUGCCGGCGCCCCGAGGACUGCUUCAACACCGUGGGCUCCUACCUCUGCGACGGCAUCCCCCAGGGCGCCUGCCCGCCGGGCUACGUCUGGGACGACGUGUCGCGCCGAUGCGCAGACAAGGACGAGUGCGAGGACGGCGGCAACGACUGCGACGAGGACUCGCACUUCUGCGUCAACACCCAGGGCGGCUACUCGUGUCUGGAGCGGACGCGCGGCAGGGGAAGCUGCCCGGCCGGCUACAAGAAGGACCCCACGCACCGCAGCGGCUGCAAGGACGUGGACGAGUGCCUGGAGGACAUCCACAACUGCGAGCCGGACAGGGAGGUGUGCCGCAACAUCCAGGGCGCGUACGACUGCGACCCUCGCUGCGAGCAGGGCUACCGCCUGGAGCCGGAGUCCCGGACGUGCCAAGACGUCGACGAGUGCGAGGAGCGCGGCGCGGUGCUGUGCCCCGGCCAGCAGCGCUGCUUGAACACCCUGGGCGGCUACCUGUGCGCGCCGGGCAGCCCGCUGACGGACGGCCAGAGGGCGCCGUCACCGGGACGCGAACCAGCGACCUCCAGCACCUCGCCAAAGAAGCCCCCCGGGGUCUGCCCCAGCGGAUUCAGGGUCGGAGCCAGUGCUGGACUCUGCGACGACGUGAACGAGUGCCUGGAGGGGACGCACCGCUGCCAGCGAGGCGAGGACUGCGUCAACGAGGUGGGCCGGUACCGGUGCCAGCCCCGGUUCGCGGUCUCCACGGCCGCACCGGCCGCACCGGAAGCACCGGAAGUGGCUGCGACCCGGCCGCCUGCGACAGGCUGCGCGCAGGGGUACCAGUUCAGCAGGCAGCACCGCAUGUGUGUCGACGUGGACGAGUGCGCCGCCGGCACGCACACGUGCAGCCCCAGCGAGCAGUGCGUCAACGAGGAGGGCGCCUUCCAGUGCUCGCCGGCGUGCCGGCCGGGCUUCCGCGUGGUGGCGCGGCAGGGCAGCAAGCAGGACAGCAAGCAGGACGGCCGGCAGGGCCCGGCCUGCGAGGACAUCGACGAGUGUGCCGAGGGCCUGCACUCGUGCCUGCUGGCCACGCAGCGCUGCCACAACACGGACGGCGCCUUCCUGUGCGAGGACGCGCCGCCCUGCCCCAGCGGCUACGUCCGCCGGCCGCUGGGCGGCUGCGAGGACGUGGACGAGUGCCUGCGGGUGCCGCCGCCCUGCCCCGGCGCGGACGUCUGCGUCAACGCCCCGGGCACUUUCCGCUGCGUCGCGCCGAGCAGGCCCAGCACCACGUCCACCACCACGACGACGACGACGACGCGGCGGCCGCCACCGCCAGCAGCAACAACAACGUCGACAGCAGCGAGAGCAAACAGGCCUUUGGCGGCGCCGCCCGUCACAUGUCCGGCGGGAUUCCGCUUCAGCGAGACGGCGCGACGAUGUCUGGACGUGGAUGAGUGCACCGACACCAAGCUGCACAUUUGCAACAACGUGACGGAAAUGUGCAUCAACGAACCCGGCGGCUACCGCUGUCUCAAGAAGGACACCGCCUCGCCCCCCGCCGCCCCCCUCGCCGCCCCACCGCCCCCACCGCCCCCGCGACCGCGGUGCCAGCCGGGCUACACCUAUUCCUUCCACAACAGGAAGUGUGUCGACGACGACGAGUGCGUGAGGAACCCUUGCGACUCGAACCAGCGCUGCCAGAACACUGUGGGCAGCUACCGAUGCGAGUGCCGGGAGGGCUACAGGAGGGACCCUGUCACGCAGGCGUGCGUCGACAUCAACGAGUGCCAGCUGAAGACAGACGCCUGCGCGGCCACCCAGCGCUGCGACAACACCAUCGGCUCCUACCAGUGCAUCCGCCACUCGGGCUGCGGCACCGGAUACACGCUCAACGCCGCCACCGGCGUCUGCGAAGACGACAACGAGUGCGAGAUGGGCACGGACAACUGCCGCGAGUCGGGCCCCACCUGGGCGUGCCGCAACACGCAGGGCUCGUUCCGCUGCGAGCGCAAGCACUGCGACGACGGCCAGGUGCUGCACGCGUCCGGCGAGUGCCGCCGCGUCGAGUGCGACCCCGGCUUCAGCGUGGCGCCCGGCACCGGCGAGUGCAUCGACGUGGACGAGUGCAGCAUCGGCAGCCCCUGCGGCCGUGCCAAGCAGUGUAUCAACACCCCCGGCUCCUACCUGUGCGAGUACCGCAUCCAGUGCAGGCCCGGCUUCGUCCCCACACCGGAAGGCGACCGCUGCGUCGACGAGGACGAGUGCGCCCUGGGGACGCACUCCUGCAAGCCGGGGCAGACGUGCCAGAACAGGGUGGGCAACUACCAGUGCCAGUGCCCGGCCGGCCACGCCCUGGACGCCAACAACGACUGCGUGGACGUCGACGAAUGCGCGCGGUUCCCCCGACAGGCCUGCUCGGACCUGGCGACCUGCGAGAACACCAUCGGCUCCUACCGGUGCAACUGCAAGCCGGGCUUCAAGCAGGGCCGCGGCAAAAACUGCGACGACGUGGACGAGUGCGCUGAGACGCCCGGCCUGUGCGACCAGCAGUGUAUCAACGUCUGGGGCGCGUUCCGGUGUUCCUGCAACCGUGGCUUCUACCUGCACACUGACAACAGGACCUGCGUUGACAUCGACGAGUGCACGGUGAACAAGGACAGGCGCAUCUGCGGCUGGGAAUGCCACAACACGCCGGGGCACUACAAGUGCAGCUGCCCGCCCGGCUACCGCCUCGGCAGGGACGGCAGGAGUUGCUCGGACAUCGACGAGUGUGCCACCGGCAGGGAGUGCCGCGCACCCGGAGAAGUGUGCCUCAACAUGCAGGGCUCGUUCCGCUGCAACUCGGUGCGCUGCCCCGACGGCUACAAGCAGGACCUGGCGCAGAAGAACCGGUGCCGGCGCGCGGCGCGCGUCUGCCCGCCGGACGACACGGAGUGCCGGCGGCAGCCGCUGCUCAUCACGUCCAACUUCAUGUCGCUCGUGUCCAACAUGACGAUCCCCACGAGCGGCGUGCUGGACCUGUUCUUCAUGCGCGGCUCCCCCACAGUGGACGCGCACACCACCUUCACGCUCGAGCUGGACGGCGCGCGCGCCCCCGCCGGCAUCCCGCAGGCCACGCGCAACGACUUCCGACUCACGCAGGACCGCGAAAACGAGGCCAAGGUGUCGCUGGUGCGUCCACUGUCGGGGCCCCAGGACGUGGAGCUGCGCCUCGUCAUGGAGGUGUUCAGCGGCAACUACUUCGCCGGCCUCAACGUCGCCAAGCUCUACCUGUUCGUCUCGCAGUACGAGUUUUGACGCCCUCCCCCUCAGAAAAUAAGCAAUAAAAAAAUUUAGUCUUAAGUUGGUGAUGCUGCUGCUGUGUACAGACGAGUCGAUACAGAUUAUUUUGUGCCGUGAAAAAAACGAAAUAAACACGUAGCCGAA